UGAAUAGAUCCAACCUGACAACCUGAAAACGGGAGAUAGAGAGGAGAGAGGGAGAGAUGGCAGAAUUGUUCAUUAAACAGGCGGAGAAUUACGCGGAAGGUCGGCCUAGUUACCCUCCAGAAUUGUUUGAAUUCAUUGCUUCCAAGACAUCCUGUAAAGACCUUGCAUGGGACGUCGGCACCGGCAGCGGUCAGGCUGCUCAAUCUCUAGCUGGGAUGUACAAGAAUGUGAUAGCCACAGAUACAAGCCCAAAACAGCUGUCUUUUGCUCCAAAGCUACCCAAUAUAACAUACCAGCAAACCCCUUCCACCAUGUCUAUAGCCGAGCUUGAAAGCAAAGUUGCUCCUCAAUCAAGCGUGGAUGUUGUGACGAUUGCUCAGGCCUUCCACUGGUUCGAUCUCCCUAAUUUCUACCAACAAGUGAAAUGGAUACUCAAAAAACCUCAUGGUGUCAUAGCUGCAUGGUGCUACACCGUGCCAGAAGUCAAUGACUCGGUCGACUCGGUCUUCAAACCCUAUUAUGGUAUUACUGUAGAACCCUAUUGGGAGCCGGCGCGUAAAUUAGUGGACGACAAGUAUAGGAGCAUCCAUUUUCCGUUUGAGCCAGUGGAUGGAGUUGAUCACACUGGGCCAUUUGAGUUUGUAGCUGAAAAAUUGAUGGAUUUAGAUCAUUAUUUUACUUACUUAAAAUCAUGGUCAGCGUAUCAGACGGCGAGGGAGAAGGGUGUGGAGCUUUUGAGCGAUGAUGUGGUUGAGGAUUUUAAGCGUGCUUGGAAUGAAGAUGGAAAAGAUCAUAAGGUUGUGAAGUUUCCUAUUUAUCUGAGGAUUGGAAGAGUUGGGAAUACGUAAAAUUAAAAGACUAGCUUGAUCGAUCAAGUGUGGCUUAUUUUAUAGGAAUUUCAAUAAAACCAUUUAUGUUCAAAGGAUUGAUGAACUCAUCUCCUUUGUCAAUAAUGUUGGAAGCAAUAUAUCAGUUGUCAGUCACAUUGCCAUUUUAUGAAAUGGAAUUCUGCGUUUGAAUUAAUGCUACUGAUUAGAAAAUUAAAUGACAUUUUGUUGAUCAAGCUUUUGUGGUGAUAGCUGUUGGCUUGGGAGAAUACUUUUGCAGCUACGAGGGUUGCUCAACUAUUGGUUGAAUGUGUGAUUUGCUUAAAUUGCAAUACUAAAUCAUUAGUAUACAAUGUAUGAAAUAUUCAUAUUUAAACUUAGAGCUAUUCAUGUUUAUCUCA